AGAUUGAGAGAGGAAGGGAGAAAGUCAGCUACAAAGCCAGAGGGACAGGAGGGAAUUUAGCUGCCACAAACUUCCAAUUCUUCAUCUCUCUUCCAUUUAAUUCUCCUGGUCUCCUUCUCAGCUGCUAUUUUGCGUCCUGGUCCUGGCAUAACAGCGGUGUCCGGUCAGCCACAGGGAAGCUGGUGGAUGUUUUUAAGAGCACACUUGUCCGACACUCACAACAGGAUGAGAGCUUGAGGACAAGCUGGAGAGGCUGACGUUAUUCCAGAGGUACAUUCACUAACCCAGGAGAGGCAGACGGCAUCCACUCCAUCCUCAGGAGCAAAUGAGAGGAGAGGGUCUGUAACGCUGGAGCUCAAGGACAAACCAUGGACUCUGCACACCUCCCACUUCACCUGGACGUCCAACAUGUUCCCUGCUAGCCUACUGGUUCUGAUGAUCCUGCUGCUACCUCAAGUCUCAUCAGGUCAACAGGAGGGUCCCAGUCAGACACAUGGAAACCUUGGUAGUCUUCUGGAACCUAGUUUGGCCCAUACCAUUCAAAACCUCCUGCUGACCCGCCUGGGACUACAGUCACACCCCAACCCCAGUACAGAGGCACGGGUGCCCCAAUAUCUUCUAGACCUGUAUCGAUUUCACACUCAGCAGUACCAUCUCAUUGAAGACCCAGAGUUUAACUACCCCUCCCAGCAUGUGCAAGGAGCCAACACAGUCCGAUGCUUUCACCACACAGAUUCUACAGUCCUGAGUGUUCCAGAAGAGCAGAAAGCGACAGCGGACAGCAUUCACAUUGGCUUCAAUCUGUCCUCCAUUCCUUCAGAAGAGAGUGUGGUGUCGGCAGAGCUGCGUUUCCUGCAUGAAGGAUCAAAGGAAGACUCUCACGUGGUCAGCCUUUAUCUUUCAAACAGUGACCCUGUAUCAAAGCCCACACUGCUCCAUUCACGUCAACUGACUAGAGAUAGAAAGACUACAGAACUCUGGGAAACCUUUCCCCUGGACGGAGAAGUGUUUCAGAAUCUAUCCGAGAAGUCAGGGAGCCUGUCUUUUAUUCUGGACGUUAUUGCUGAUAAUAACAGCAGUCUCUCCAAAGAGAGACAUCUGCGGGUGCGCAGGUUCACCGGGCAGGAUGUGCACAGCUGGGCGAGGCAGAGGCCCUUACUGGUGACUUACAGUCACGAUGGGCGCAGCAAGCCCUUUGUGCCCCUCAAAAAGCAGCCCCCUGAUGGCAGACAAGGCAGGGGCAGAUGGACCGGGGGCAGGUUUAAGGGUGAUAGGGGUCAGGGCUCUGACACAGGUUGGCGGGUGGGAUGGAAUGAAAGGCGAGUGAAACGACAAGGUGGGAGGGCUGCCAAGCUCAAACGGCUCUCCCGCGCUCGCUGCCGUCAACACCCACUGUAUGUGGACUUCAAAGAUGUAGGCUGGAAUAAAUGGAUCGUGGCCCCGUCUGGUUACGAUGCUUUCUUUUGCCUCGGAGAGUGCCGCUUCCCUUUAAGAAUGCAUCAAUAUAUCUAUUUAAAUAGCAAAGAAUAUGGAAUAUUUAAUCUUGACAAAAACCGCAGAUAUAUAAGUACCAGAACGCCUUAUAGAUCCAUUUAA